AUUGUUACUUUCACAGAACAACAAACUGGAUGCUAAACAGUCAGGUUUCAGGAGUGGCCAUUCAACUGAGACUGCGCUUCUCUCGGUCACUGAAGCCCUGCAGUGCAAAAGCCCAUUCCAAAUCAUCAGUCCUCAUUCUGCUGGAUCUAUCUGCCGCGUUUGACACUGUCAAUCAUCAGAUACUCCUCUCCACCCUCUCAUCACUGGGCAUCGCUGGAAUUCCACUUCGCUGGUUUGAAUCCUAUCUCACUGAUGAUCCAACGGUAGCUGCAAGGAUCUCAGGUUGCCUGGCGGACAUCUCGGCAUGGAUGAAAGAACAUCACCUCCAGCUCAACCUGGCAAAGACUGAGCUUCUUGUCUUUCCUGCCGCUCCAACUCUACAGCAUGACAUCACGAUCCAGUUAGGUUCAUCAACAAUUACCCCAUCAACUUCGGUCAGAAAUCUUGGUGUAAUCUUUGAUGACCAGCUGACCUUCAAAGACCACAUUGCAAAGACUGCUCGAUCUUGCAGGUUUGCACUACACAACAUCAGAAAGAUCAGGCCCUUUCUGACGGAGCAUGCUGCACAACUUCUUGUCCAGGCCCUUGUCAUUUCUAGGCUGGACUACUGCAAUGCUCUUCUGGCUGGACUUCCAUCAAACACAGUCAAACCUCUACAAAUGAUUCAGAAUGCGGCACGACUGGUCUUCAAGGAACCCAAAAGAGCCCAUGUUACACCUCUCUUUAUCUCAUUGCAUUGGCUACCAAUCGCAGCUCGUAUCAAGUUCAAGACACUGAUGCUUGCUUAUAGAACAACCACAGGCUCAGCACCCGCCUACCUGCACUCACUAUUAAGAAUCUACAUCCCCUCCAGAAGUCUGAGAUCUGCUAGUGAGCGACGCCUUGUGGUACCAUCACAAAGAGGCUCAAAAUCACUCUCCAGAACAUUCUCGUUCACCAUUCCUGGCUGGUGGAAUGAUCUUCCCACCCAUAUUCGGAGUGCUGGAUCCCUGUCAAUCUUCAAGCAACAGCUGAAAACUCAUCUCUUUUGACACUACUUGAC